AUGGAGCUUGCCUUGCUGGCGCUUGGCCUCGUCGGCCUGUACAUGGUGAAACUGACGUGGCAUUUCGUCAAGCUGAGAAGAUUUCCCGGCCCGCCAUGCACCGGAAUCAGCAAUAUUCCUCACAGCCGCGCCAUGCUUCGUGGCGAAUGCCACAAGUGGUAUGCGGAUGUGAGCAGGAAAUACGGCCCUAUUGCAAGAGUAGCUCCCAAUGUUCUCAUCACGUCGUCUCCCCAGGUCUGGGCCCACGUCAACAACACGCCGGGAUACCGACGCUCGCCGUGGUACUACAACGCAUGUCGCAUCGAGUACCGUCGCGACAAUGUCUUUAGUGAGACCGACAACGAAAAGCAUGACCGAAGGAGAAAGCAAAUGGCCCCAGGCUACUCUGGCACGGAGAACCUCCAUCUCGAGGCCUCUAUAGACGAAUGCCUCGCUCAGCUCAUACGUCUGAUCCGUAGUAAAUAUGUCUCCCACUCCGCCGAAAACGCACCGCACAUGGACCUGGCCACAAGGGUCCAGUUCUUCACCCUCGACGUCAUCAGCAAGGUCGGGCUCGGCACAGCCUUCGGCAUGUUGGAAGCCGACCAGGACGUCGACGACUAUCUCAAGUCUAGCGCCCAAGGUCUCGCUAUCAGCAACACUGCCUUGGCCACGGGAUUCAGCUGGCUUGCCCACUCGCCCCUGAUUGGGAAAUUCAUCGCCCCUUCGCCCAACGACAACAGCGGGUUUGGCAAAAUGAUGGCCACCUGUUUCCGGUACGUUGAUCAACGCGCCUCCAACCCGACGGACAAGCGGUCCGACAUGCUCGCGUCGUUUAUCCGCCACGGCCUGUCUGGCGACGAGCUGAGGACCGAGGCUCUGGAGCAGAUCAUCGCCGGGUCCGACACCACAGCCACGGCGAUUCGGGCGACGCUGCUUCACGUCAUGACCAACCCGCGCGUCUACGCCAAGCUGCAGCGUGAGAUUGACGACGCCGUGCAUCAUCGUCGGGCGCCCGCGCAGGGAGACGGUCUCAUCUCUGCCGCACAAGCGAAGCAGCUUCCAUACCUGCAGGCCGUCAUCCGGGAAGCCCUGCGCGUUCACCCCCCCGUCACCAACAUCUUUUCUCGCGACGUCCCGGCGGCCGGGGACAUGGUGACCAUCGGCAGACGUGACGGAACAAAGGUCUUCCUUCCUGGCGGUGUGUCCAUUGGCUACUCAGCAUACGCCAUGCAUCACGACAAGGAAAUCUACGGGGAUGACGCCGACGCUUUCCGCCCAGAGCGUUGGUUCGAGGCGGACGAGGCCAAGUUGCGUGCCAUGACGGCCACCAACGAGCUCAUCUUUGGGCAUGGCAAAUUCCAGUGCCUGGGGAAGAAGGUCGCCCAGCUUGAGCUUGGAAAGUCGAUAUUCGAGAUGUUUCGCAACUUUGACAUGGCGGUAGUUCACCCGACCCAGCCCUGGACAGUACAGAACUGCCUCGGGUUGCUUCAGAUAACAGACAUGUGGGUGCAGGUCUCGGAAAGGACGGGCGCCUAA